AUUGAAACAUAACCAAAAACUAAACACAAUGUCUACUCCAAUAACAUUUACAACCCUAACUCUCGUGACCCUCUCGGUGUUACUACUUUCCUCCUCUCUCGGCGGCGUCACGGCGAAGGCGGAUCAUCGCAACCGGGAGGAAGUGAAGAUGUUCGAGCGGUGGCUCGUGGAGAAUCACAAGAACUACAAUGGUCUAGGAGAGAAGGAUAAAAGGUUCGAGAUCUUCAUGGACAACUUGAGGUUCGUGCAAGAGCACAACUCUGUCCCGAACCAGAGUUACGAACUCGGGUUGACCCGGUUCGCCGAUCUGACCAACGAAGAGUUUCGAGCCAUUUACUUGAGGAAGAAGAUGGAGAGGACUAGAGAUUCGGUGAAGACGGAGAGGUAUCUCCAUAACGUUGGAGAUAAGUUGCCUGAUGAAGUUGACUGGAGAGCCAAAGGCGCCGUUGUUCCGGUCAAAGAUCAAGGAAACUGUGGAAGUUGUUGGGCGUUUUCGGCGAUCGGAGCGGUUGAAGGAUUAAACCAGAUCAAGACAGGGGAGUUAGUGUCUCUGUCGGAACAAGAACUUGUUGAUUGUGACACAAGUUACAAUGGUGGAUGUGGUGGUGGUCUCAUGGACUAUGCAUUUCAGUUCAUUAUUGACAACGGUGGUAUUGAUACUGAGGAAGAUUAUCCUUAUACCGCCACUGAUGAUAACAUAUGCAAUGCCGAUAAGAAGAACACUCGUGUUGUUACCAUCGAUGGUUAUGAGGAUGUUCCUGAAAGCGAUGAGAAGUCUUUGAAGAAAGCUCUUGCUCAUCAACCAAUUAGUGUUGCCAUUGAAGCUGGUGGCCGAGCCUUCCAACUUUACAAAUCUGGUGUGUUUACAGGAACAUGUGGAACAGCUUUGGACCAUGGUGUAGUAGCCGUGGGAUACGGAACCUCGGAAGGUAAAGACUAUUGGAUUAUUCGAAACUCAUGGGGAUCAAACUGGGGAGAAAGCGGAUACGUUAAGCUCGAACGUAACAUCAAAGCUUCCUCCGGAAAAUGUGGUGUGGCAAUGAUGGCUUCUUACCCUACCAAAUCAUCAAGCUCUAACCCACCAAAACCACCACCAGCUGCACCAGUUGUUUGUGACAAGUCUUACACUUGUCCAGCAAAGUCUACUUGCUGUUGUCUCUACGAGUACAAAGGCAAAUGCUAUAGCUGGGGAUGUUGUCCACUAGAGUCAGCCACUUGCUGCGAAGAUGGAUCUAGCUGCUGCCCUCAGUCAUACCCUGUUUGUGAUUUGAAGGCUGGUACUUGUAGAAUGAAGGCAAACAGUCCGUUAAGCGUAAAAGCUUUGACCAGAGGCCCAGCGACUGCAACCACGAAGGCUACUAACGUGCUUGUGAGCAGCGCUUGAGGAGAGACUAAACCAAUAAAGGAACCGUAUUGCUUUCAGCUUUUCAUCCAAAGUGUUCAAGAUUCAAGUCUUUUGUUUUUAGACAAUUCAAGAUUGGAUCAUGCUCGUUAGCUUUUAGUAACUUUAUCUUGCGUUUGAUUUGAAUUUUAUGUAAAUAUUCAAUAAGUAAGCUGAUAUUUGCUCCACAGCAUUAUUCUCGUAUCUUUUAAUAAAAAUUUGACCCAGAAAAGUUAAUCUGAUUUAUAAUCAAAUAUUAUUUAACCACUUUCUUCCACAUUUUGAUUCAGUUUCGUCACCUGACACGUUCUUGGUGUAAUGAAUACAAAGACGGAUAUAAAUUGUAGUGUACACAAUCGAAUCGUCGGAUGUAAUUAGCUCUGACAGGUCACCCGCCAAUCCCCAAGACACGACUGGUUAAACAGUCUACCUCUCUUCUUGUCUCAAACGUCAACUCUUGCAUAACUCUACUGAAACAACCAAUGGGCAUAGCUCCAUUAAGAUUAAAAACCAUAGCUCUCAUAAGAUUAAUAUGGAUCAUCAAGUGGUGAAGACAAGCCCGGCUCAAACUUUCUGUAGGCCCUAUGCCUCGCAUUACUAUGGAUUUGUAAAAUAAUUGUUUAUAGUAAUGAACAAAUGAAAAAAAUCUUUGUAGUCUAAUUUGUGGGGUAAUCGAUGAUUUCAUACUUGUUUAAAAUAAUUUUCUAUUUACCAAAUUCAUUUAGACACGUGUUUAUGUUUCUCCUUCC